GAUAAAUACAUUUCUUAGCUUGCAGUUAAAAAAAAUUGAAGUGAGCGCGCACGGACAAGUCGGAACAAGUGGGCUUCGGCUCUUCUGCGGCUGCAAAACAAACCUCAGCUUAAGGACAUGAGCUAUAGCUUUGAUUGCGAGAAAAUGCAUUACAAUUCCAAUAUACACAAAUUGGCUGGCUGCGCCAAGAAGCGCACGAAUUCAUUGACUGCACAUAAAAGACGUGCAUCUUCGUUGGUAACAUCUAGACAGGCACUUCGCGUCAAUGCUUCGGAGUUUGUGCCCCAUUCUGAUACACAAGAUUCGCCGUCGACAGAAGAAAGCGAGAACGAACAUUACGCUUCCGAUGUUUGUGACUACAGGUAUACCACCAGUGCCGACAGUCAACUUUUGGAUGUCAUGAAAAUUGGUAAUACUUGGCGUAUUGCCAAAGUGCCUCCGCAGUUGGCCAAUGGUUUGCCACAUUUUAAAGGUCCUUACAUACCCCUUCUGCGCCACCGUCUGAUUAAUGCAGAAGCUUAUGGCCUAAUCAAGGAUACCAAUAAUUUUAAUUAUAAUAAUUUAUUGAUGCAGGAUUUGGUUCAACAGUUGUCAAAACUUAAUAAUUUGAAGGACCUGGAAGAUCUUAUCAAAUACCGGACAGAUUAGAACACAUUUCUGAAAUCGAAUAAGAAAAAACUGUAAAUGUUUUCCAAAUGCAAAGCAGGCUCUGACUUCUCUGCUGCUUAUUAAGAAAUAUACAAUUCAUUUGUUCAGUUAGAAACUUCGAUUUGUUCAAUUAGAAACUACGAUUAAGAUUCUAGAAAAAAAUGGGGAAGAAAAAUAAAAUGAAAGGUUCCAAAAAGAAGAAGUUGGAGGAGAAGGCCAAGAAAUCGGUGGACACAACCACCACCAUUGAUCUGAAAGACGUCGAUCUUGCGAAUCAGUCAGAGCAAAUGGCGGCUAUAAUUAGCUUACCGUCUCGUGUGGAUAAACACAUUGAAUCGUUAACAUCACUCCAGGAGCAGUUGAAUAAUUUGCAGAUGGAGCAAAUACGCCAUCUCGAUGGCUGCAUCGAAUUUAUUCAAGAGCUUAAGACCGUUAAGCCGCAGACCGAUGAGGAGGGGAAAAUUGUGUUUGAGACAUUUACUCUGGUCAAGGCUAAGAUCAAGAAAGUCUUCGAACAUUUUUUGCCCAAGCACCUGGAGAUGCUAGAAGCAAAUCUGGAGUCCUUGAAGCUAAAGGCGUAAAAACAAAAAUGUUGAUUUUUAAAUAAAUGAUUUAAAUCAUCUAACAAUCGAUAAGCAAUCGAUUAACAAAGUUA